GCGCCCGCAGACAUGUCAUCAAACAGAAUCCGGCCGGAGUUGGUCCUGCUGCUGCUGCUGGCGGCCACACUAAUCCCUUUGCUGCAGGCGGGGAUAGUUGGGGGAUUGGGGGAGAGGGAUCCGGAUUCCACCACCCUGGAUCCAAGCCCCUAUGCGGAACAGCAGCAGCUCGAAUCGCAGACGGAGAUGGAGAUGGAGCCCUCCGUUCAAGUGGAUGGCCGACGCAUCGACUGCAAAUUGACUUUCGAUGCGGCGACAAUGGACUCGUUAGGCUGCCACAAUCAGGGGGCGUUGCCCGAGGGGAGGGCGUGGCCGGGGUCCGGGUCCGGUAAUAAGCCGGAGCUGGAGAAGCCGGUGGAAAAUCCAGACUGGCAGCGCCACUUGAAGUCCCCGGACAGCCAGCCCAUCUAUGAAUUACAAUUGGUUGUUUGGCCCAGUGACAUCGAGGAUGGUGAUGACUUUAGUCCACCGCUGGCCACCACCACCGCAAGGACAACAACAACAGCAAGGACAACAAGGAGAUCAACAACAACAAGAACACCUAGCACCACCCCAAGGACCACACCAAGGAGCAGCACCACCACCCAGAAGCCCACCCAAAUUGGGACACCUAUUGAGCAAAUAUGGCCAUUGUACGAGGAUCAAUUGGUCGUAUUUCCGCAAAUGGACUUUGAAGAGGAGAAUCUUGAUUAUUUCUUCGACGAAGUGGCGCCACCUACUUCACCGCCCACUGACCGACCCACGGUGACCCCUAGCCAUCCCACGGGCACGCCCACACCCACACCCAUCUAUGUUGUGCAAAACUAUCACGUCAUUCACCCCAACGGCACCGAGGAAUACAAAUUAGUGAUGAGCAACGGCCUGGUUAACUACAAGAAGCUGUACACCAAGAAAUCGUGUGGCCAGGUGAUAAACGUGCAGGAGGGCUAUAACUCAGUGCCCAUUCCCGGACCCAAAAACCAAAUCCAGACGCAGUACUACAUCGCCGACGAGCGGGGCUACAAUGUCUAUAGAAUCGAGCUCCACAAUCAUCAGCCAGGGUUGCCCAAACAUUUGCAUUACAAAGCCACAGAAGCGACCAAUAUGUGAGCGAGGAAGGCCAGGAUUUCCAAAUGGCGGACACAGUGCCUCUCAACUUUAUCAAUAAACGAAAAUAUUUUUUUUUUAUAU